UUCAAAUUAUUGAGUUUGACUAGUUAAACCCUAAAAAAAGGUAACGAAAGCAAAUUUUUUUUUUUUUGUAACUUCUUUAAUAUUCUUUUCCGGCGAGGAUAUGGACCGAUCAACGCCGGAACAUAACUCUUCCUCCUCCUCCUCUUCGUCCCACAAACGUCUAAGCGUAAGCUUUCUUGUCUCUAUAAUGGUUCUUUGCGCUAGACACGCGAAUCGGCUCUCGAAGAAGCUAAAGCUAAAGCCAAAGAAGCAAACUCGAAGCGGCGGAGAAAGAUUCCGAUGGAAUCUAACAAGCUCGCCCCUGAGGUCUCCUCGGACUAAAGAGUUGUUGACGUCUUUGAGCAACAAGGCGAUGACGAUGAUCGGCCGGAAAAACACGGCGGAGAAAAAUGCGGCGGCGGCAGAGGAGGAGGAGCACGGUCUUUGGCAGAGAGAGAUUUUGAUGGGAGGCAAAUGUGAGCCGUUGGAUUUCUCGGGUGUGAUUUAUUACGACUGUAACGGACGGCUUUUAAAUGAGGUGCCACCGAGAUCACCACGUAGCACUCCGUUACCCGUUUACCCGACCGGUUCUUAAACCCGGGUCACCGUUAAACCCGAUGGGAACGAAUGAUUUUUUUAAGUAGCUUCAUAUUAAUAUAAGAGGAGGCAGGCUCCAUUAGAUGAUUGAGGUCAUGAUGUGUCGAUUAGGCAGCAUAAACAAAUUAUGUAUAUAUA